AUGCAUAGAGUGCAGCUUGCUACAAAUUCGACUGAGGUUGCACUACCGGCUGAUUAUUUCGACCUGAUUUGCGGUACAAGUACUGGCGGUCUCAUCGCCAUCCUUCUCGGGCGUUUGAGAUUGUCUGUGCCGCAGGCAAUCCAAAAGUACGGCGAGCUAUCGAAGCACGUGUUCUCUGAACAGAAACGAGGCUGGCAGGACGGGAAGUUCAAAGCAUCGAGACUGGAAGGAGCCAUUCGAAAGGUGUUGGUUGAUACUCUGGGUCCGGAUCGGGAUGAAGAGAGGAUGCUCGAUGUAGACACUAGUGGCUGUAAAACGUGA